CCCGGAUCCUAUUGGAAAGCCAAUACGUUUCGAAUCAGUUUUUUUUCGUCCGUUCCGUAGCCAUUUUGGCUCAAGCGAGUUUGGCUUAAGAGAGCUUCGCAGGCUAGCUGCACACAGCAUUCGCAAGCGUUGACAAUUGGCGUCGCCAGUCUGACACGAUGAUGUCAAUGUUGGCAUCUUGGGCAUGCCUCGCCCCUGCUGCUGCGAGUACGGUGACUGUCAAAACACCUCUGGGGAAUGUACAUGGAAGCUUUGACGCCAAGACGGGAGUGUCUUCGUUCAAGGGCAUCCGUUAUGCUCUAGCCCCGACAGGAGCUAAUCGCUUCGCCAACCCCGAGCCAUGGACGCAGACUUACGCAGCAGAAGGCUUGCAGGCCGAUUCGUUUGGCUCUCGGUGCGUGUCUGCCGCCCAGGCCGGGUCUGAAGAUUGUUUGUUCAUGAACAUUUACACGCCAGUUUCGCAACCAUCGCUUGCAGAUCCGAUGCCUAUUCUUUUCUUCAUCCACGGCGGGGCGUUUAUCCAUGGAGCUGGCUCAGAUCACGAUGGAACCAACCUUGCCGCGAAGCAUCAUGCUGUGGUUGUCACGGUAAACUAUCGCCUCGGAUCUUUCGGGUGGGCAUUACUCGCCGACGGCAUGGGUAAUUUUGGCUUGAAGGAUCAGCGGGAAGGCCUGCGCUUUUUGCAGCGGUCUGGGUACAUCUCGGCGUUUGGCGGCGACAUUGCACGUUUAAUGGUAUUUGGGUCAAGUGCAGGUGCCAUAGCAGUCGUAAUGCACAUGGUAGCCCCAAGAAGUUUUGGGAUGUUCACUAGCGCGCUAUUCGAGUCUGGAUUUCCGCACGCCAGAACUAACAACAUCUCGCUGGCUCAGGGCUCAGCUUUCUCGCGAGCGGCAGGUUGUGAUCAGUCGGCAAACAGAAUCACUUGUCUCAUUUCCAAGACAACCGAGGAGCUGAAAGAUGCGGAGUCAAUCACCAGUCCGCCGAACUCCAAUGUGUUUGCAACCCUCGGUUGGGGGCCGACCAUUGACAAUGACGAGUUUGCGGAAGAUCCCAAGCUUCUGUUUGCACAAGGCAGACAUGCAAACGUACCCGUUGUGGGGGGUAGCAACACCAAUGAAGGAGAUGCUUUUGUGUAUCCGUCUUACCACAAAGGGAUGGACAGCGACGCGUAUAAGUUGUUCGUCCGCGCGUUCCUCAGCAAUGGGCGCGUUUUCAACGAGACGUUGUACGAUAUGGCGUUGCAGUUUUACCCCCCAGGCGCAGACAACAGAGCGACGGCAAGCAGGCUGGUCGCAGACGGGACCUUUGUUUGUGGGGCCAAGCUUGUUGUGCAACAUUCAAGCCAGUCUUUCCUGUACCAUUUUGCUUAUCAUGGUUCCCGACCCGCCGUAUACCACGGCGCUGAGAUACCGUUUGUGUUUGACAGCGUUUCCUCGAAGUUUGGUCGAAGGAGUUUGGCAGAGACAAUGGGCGAGUUGUGGGUAUCGUUCGCCAAAACGGGUCGGCCAGGAUCCGGGAAUGUAUGGCCACGAUAUUCAACUGCAACGGACCGCAAUAUCGUGUUUGACAUCGCUGGGUCCAGGCCUAGCUUGACCGUCGAGACUGGUCGGAGAUUGAAGUUUUGCAAUAUGUGGUUGCAAGCGGGCGUCGGCGCGUGAUACCGCAUUCCGCUUCUGCACCGCCCCGUUCAGCCUGCAAGCUUGAAUCGAUCCGAGGUGUUUGUGUGAGCAGGUUCUCUGGAUGAAGCAAUUGCUGCAGAUAAGUCGUGUGCGCCCUGUUUUGUAUGUGGCGUUGCCCCUGUCACCUCGAGCCAUGUUGACACCAGCUGAAACACAGCGGAGCACCUACCUUGGCGAAUAAAAC